AUGGACACGCCUUUCACUACGUCUCCCUGUUCGCCUCACUCGUCGGUUUCGACCCAUCCACCCCAGUCCAGCGAGAGCAGCCUGUAUUCUCAUAAUGGUCCGUCUCGUGAGAAAGCGUACGGCUGUGAGGAAAAGAACGAACCCGCAGAGAGCCAGCAGUCCUUGCUCUACCGCAACCAACCGAGUCCUUUCAAUGCCCCCUUCGAUGACCCCUAUGCCUCUACCGAUUCUCUGCGUCGCUAUACCAUGUUUAAUCCCGGCAACACCAUCUUCCGUGGUGGCCCACACCAGGAACCCGCGGGGGGACUGAAUCGCCCCUCCGGAGUCCGAGCUCCCAUGUCAGAAACCCCGUCGGAAGCCUGGCAACAGCGACAGGUGCCCGGUUCCGAGCUGCGGCGGUAUCCGACUCGAAAAAUCAAGCUGGUCAAGGGCUCGAUUCUGAGUGUGGAUUACCCGGUCCCGAGUGCGAUUCAGAACGCCAUUCAGGAAAAGUACCGGGAGUUGGAGGAAGGAUUCCCGGAAGAGUUCACCCAUCUACGCUACACGGCGGCCACUUGCGAUCCCGAUGAAUUUACCUUGCGAAAGGGCUACAAUCUGCGACCCGCCAUAUACAACCGUCACACAGAGUUGCUGAUUGCUAUCACAUAUUACAACGAAGAUAAAGUGCUGACAUCGCGGACUUUGCACGGUGUCAUGCAGAAUAUCCGAGAUAUAGUCAACCUGAAAAAGUCCGAAUUCUGGAACAAGGGGGGGGCCGGCCUGGCAGAAGAUUGUGUGUUGUUUAGUAAUACUCUCGAUGUGCUAGCCACGAUCGGGGUCUACCAGGAUGGGAUUAUGAAGCGUUCCGUGGACGGCAGAGAAACCGUGGCACACAUUUUCGAAUACACCACCCAGCUCUCCGUCACCCCCAAUCAGCAGUUGAUUCGCCCCCAGGGCGACGAUGCGACCAAUCUCCCGCCUGUCCAGAUGAUUUUCUGCUUGAAGCAAAAGAAUAGCAAGAAGAUCAAUUCCCACCGUUGGCUAUUCAAUGGCUUCAGCCGUAUCCUCAAUCCUGAAGUGGUCGUCUUGAUUGAUGCUGGUACUAAACCAGGCAAGAAAUCCCUUCUAGCCCUGUGGGAAUCAUUCUACAAUGACAAAAACUUGGGUGGAUCGUGUGGUGAGAUCCAUGCCAUGUUAGGCCCUGGCUGGAAGAAUGUCAUGAAUCCCCUUGUUGCGGCGCAGAAUUUCGAGUACAAGAUCUCAAAUAUUCUGGACAAGCCGUUGGAAAGCGCAUUUGGGUAUGUUAGUGUGUUGCCGGGUGCCUUCUCCGCGUACCGCUACCGCGCUGUCAUGGGUCAGCCCCUAGAACAAUACUUCCAUGGUGAUCACACACUCUCCCGACAGCUAGGCAAGAAAGGUAUCGAAGGCAUGAACAUCUUCAAAAAGAAUAUGUUCCUUGCCGAGGACCGAAUUCUUUGCUUUGAACUAGUAGCUAAGGCCGGGUUCAAAUGGCAUUUGACCUACGUGAAGGCGUCCAAGGCUGAGACGGAUGUUCCGGAGGGCUCUGCUGAGUUCAUCAGCCAGCGCCGCCGCUGGCUAAAUGGAUCAUUUGCGGCCAGUCUGUACGGCAUUAUGCACUUCAGUCGAAUCUACCGGAGUAGUCACAGCAUCAUCCGUUUAUUCUUCUUCCAUGUGCAGAUAAUCUACAAUUGUGCUAGUCUUAUCAUGACAUGGUUUUCCUUAGCUUCGUUCUGGCUAACCACAUCAGUCAUCAUGGAUCUUGUGGGAACCCCCAGUGCGGACAACAGAUACAAAGGGUGGCCCUUCGGGAAUGAUGCCUCUCCAAUUGUAAACAACUUCCUCAAAUACGGAUACCUCUUUUUCCUGAUGCUACAGUUCAUCCUAGCACUAGGAAAUCGGCCAAAAGGUUCGCGAUUGGCGUACACACUCUCAUUUGCUUACUUUAGCAUUGUCCAGGGCUACAUUUUGGUUCUAGCAUUCUACCUAGUCAAGAAUGCUUUCACUGGUGGCACCUUAGAUUUUAACUUAGAUAAAGGCAUAAGUAUGUUCCUUAAAUCCUUCUUCAGCUCUACUGGGGCUGGAAUUAUUCUGAUCACGCUGGUGUCCAUAUAUGGAAUCUACUUUGUGGCCAGUUUCCUAUAUAUGGACCCCUGGCACAUGUUGACCUCUUCAUGGGCGUACUUCUUGGGCAUGACCUGUUCGAUUAAUGUGCUCAUGGUUUACGCAUUCUGCAACUGGCACGAUGUUUCCUGGGGCACGAAGGGAUCUGACAAGGCCGACAUGCUGCCGGCCGCGCAGACCAAGAAAGAUGACGCAAAGUCAAAUUUCAUCGAAGAAGUGGACAAGCCACAAGCCGACAUCGAUGGUCAGUUCGAGUCAACGGUGAAGCGAGCGCUGGCGCCGUAUGUCGAACCUGAGGAGCAAGAGGACAAGAACAUGGACGACUCGUACAAGGCCUUCCGAACCAACCUCGUGUUGCUCUGGAUCUUCAGUAAUCUGGUCGUGUCGCUAUGCAUCACGAGCGAGGGUGUUUCGCGGCUGUGUCUCACGAACACAUCGACUAACCGCACUUCCCACUACUUUGCGGCCAUCCUGUGGACGACCGCCGGCUUGUCGCUGUUCCGCUUCAUCGGAUCUCUCUUCUUCUUGAGCAAGUCCGGUAUCCUCUGCUGCUUUUACCACCGGUAG